GCCCCGGCCCAGACUCACCCCCCGGCCCCGCCGCAGCCGCAGCCCCCGCAGCAGUUCCCCCAGUUCCACGUCAAGUCGAGCCUGCAGAUCAAGAAGAACGCCAUCAUCGACGACUACAAGGUCACCAGCCAGGUCCUGGGACUGGGCAUCAACGGAAAAGUUUUGCAGAUCUUCAACAAGAGGACCCAGGAAAAAUUCGCCCUGAAAAUGCUGCAGGACUGCCCCAAGGCCCGCAGGGAGGUGGAGCUGCACUGGCGGGCCUCCCAGUGCCCCCACAUCGUCCGCAUUGUGGACGUCUACGAGAACCUGUACGCGGGGAGGAAAUGCCUGCUGAUCGUCAUGGAGUGCUUGGAUGGUGGCGAGCUCUUCAGCCGAAUCCAGGAUCGAGGAGACCAGGCAUUCACCGAAAGAGAAGCAUCGGAAAUCAUGAAGAGCAUUGGCGAGGCCAUCCAGUAUUUGCACUCCAUCAACAUUGCUCAUCGGGAUGUCAAGCCUGAGAAUCUCUUGUACACCUCCAAAAGGCCCAACGCCAUCCUCAAACUCACCGACUUCGGCUUUGCCAAGGAGACCACCAGCCACAACUCUCUGACCACUCCUUGUUACACGCCGUACUAUGUGGCUCCAGAAGUGCUGGGCCCAGAGAAGUAUGACAAGUCCUGUGACAUGUGGUCCUUGGGUGUCAUCAUGUACAUCCUGCUGUGUGGCUACCCCCCCUUCUACUCCAACCACGGCCUCGCCAUCUCCCCGGGCAUGAAGACACGCAUUCGAAUGGGCCAGUAUGAAUUCCCCAACCCAGAGUGGUCAGAAGUGUCGGAGGAAGUUAAGAUGCUCAUCCGGAACCUGCUGAAGACAGAGCCCACGCAGAGAAUGACCAUCACGGAGUUCAUGAACCACCCCUGGAUCAUGCAAUCAACGAAGGUCCCUCAGACCCCGCUGCACACCAGCCGAGUCCUGAAGGAGGACAAGGAGCGGUGGGAGGACGUCAAGGAGGAGAUGACCAGUGCCUUGGCCACAAUGCGCGUCGACUACGAGCAGAUCAAGAUAAAGAAGAUCGAAGAUGCAUCCAACCCUCUGCUUCUGAAGAGGCGGAAGAAAGCCCGGGCCCUGGAGGCGGCAGCCCUGGCGCACUGAGCUGCCGCGCCCCUCCCGCUGCCGGAGGACAGCAGAGACUCUACAGGAAUAUAUUUUUUACACGAGACACAGACUGGCCGCUUCUGCCUCCUCGUCCUCAGCUGUGUGGAGCUGGAACCGCGUUGGUGGCCAAGUCCUGCCUUUGGUUCUGGCCACCCAGAGCGGGAGAGGCUGGGAGGGUGGGCAGCUGCGGAGAGGGGAGCAGGGUGUUCUUGGACCUGUUGUAUUUUGCAAUUUUAUCAGUAAUUUGACUUAGAAUUUUUAUGGAACUUCUUUUAUUGUCCUUUUCCCCACCCAUCCUUCCUACCAGCCCCCUUCCUCCCUGGGUGUUGCAGUUUGGGGCUCGUUAAAGGGCGUUUGUGGAUGCCGUUGUAGGGACUGUCCCUGUCUUGUCCCAGCCUCCCUCCUACUUCCUCACUGCAGCCUGGGGUCCCCUCAGCUCAGGCAUGCUGGGAGCUCAAGGCCACCCUGGGAGAAGGAUGCACUCACCUCCACUGGAACCCCAGAUGGCCCAGUAGGCCAGACAGACAGGAGUGAGUGUGUGUGUGUGUGUGUGUGUGUGUGUGCGUGCACGCACGCGUGUGCACAUGCCCGGGUCUGCCAGGACUGUGCAUGUGAGGGACUGGGGCAGGGAGGGGCCUGCUGUGACUCAGGAGUCUCCCCCACUCUGCCCCCACCCCAGCCUCCUCCCUCCCCCCUCGCCCCGCCCAUGCUGGGCCUGCCAAAGUGCCUGGGAAGCCUGCCUGCUGCACCAGGCCCCUGUGCCUGCCUGUUAGCCGGUCCAGAGGCAGAGGGGAGUGACUGGGCACAGGCACAGCGACCAGGAAGAUGGGGCCUCCCACCCCAGGACCCCCUCUCCCCAUCUAGUGCUGGUCCUAGGUCCUCUGAGGCGCUGGACUACCGAAUAACCUCUCUGCUCCCCUCCUUGCCAUCAUUAACCUGCGCUGUCUGUCCCCUAAAUGUUCAGCCAUCUCAGUGCGGUGGCUCUCAGCACCCUAGGAGAGUGGAGCAGGCAGCGUGGGCGGAGCCUCUGCAUUUGCGUCUUUCCUGGGCCCUGGCAUCCAUCAGCUGCCCCUCGUGGGUCACAGCAGGACCAAGUGGUCCUCCCUCCAGUUCCCACGGUGUGACCCAAUGGGUGGGGGGAGUCUUCGCACCAAAGAUGUCCCGACUGCCCCCGCCCACUGGCCACCUGCCAUAUCCCGACAGCCCUCUCCAUGUGUCCAGGCCAGUGAGAGGAGGGCCUCCCCAGCGUAGGUGGGGUCAGCAGGGAGAGACCCACUGUGCCAAGUCCCGCACUCCCCUGCUUUUGGGGGAGGGGGUGACAGGAAGACUUCAGUUUUCAUCUCCCUCAGGGACAGGGGUGAGGCCACCCAGGACCUUCUCUGGGUUGGGGAAGGGCGGGGUGCUGCACCUCCUCGUCCCUGACGGUGUGCCCAGCACUCGAUUAUUGUAAACUGUUGUUGUUUUGUAUGAAAUCGUCUUUACUAAACA